GUUGGGGCCUGCUUCAGAAGCCCCUACCCUUCCCAAGGCCCCUCCUGCCCAGGUGGUGUGGCUCUGGGGAGUGACAGGCCAGGGAGGAAAGGAUCAGAGUGUUGGACAGUAAGGGGUCCAAGGUCAGUGUGGGAAUGACCUGGAGUCCACAAGUCCAGAAUGAGAAGAUGGGCUAAAUCGACCUUGGGACCAUCGACUCCUCCACUGAGGCUUUUAUCUCCAGAAAUGGGCUAGAACCGAAGGAAAGGGCAGUUCACCUCUGGGGCCCUCUUUGGAUGUCUGUUACUCUCUUCUCUUCCAGAAUCUUCCUGUUCCUGGAGUUUUCUGGAUUGAGAUCAGGCCAAGGUGCUGGAUAGCAGGGAACAGACUUGACCUCAGUGAUUGUUAUUUGUCCUAAAGUCUCUAGCUGCAGACACCUCCUCGAGGUUAGGACUUCGUCCUUCCCCACCCUCUCCUCUCCUUCCGUGGAGAAUCCAGACAUUUUAAGGCCUGCCUAGGAAGAAGACGGCAUCCCAGUGGCAGAUCUAAGGAACAAGGAACACACCAUGGCUUUCCUCCUGAGGCUGCUUAGGUUUGGGACAGAGAAAAGAAGGCCAAAGCAUUAUACCAAUGUGAAACGAGAUGUGAAUCCUGAGGAUGUGUGGGAACUUAUGGGAGAGCUAGGGGAUGGAGCCUUUGGAAAAGUAUUUAAGGCUCAAAACAAAGAGACUGGGGUCAUGGCUGCAGCCAAAGUGAUCAAGACUCAGAGUGAAGAGGAGCUGGAGGAUUACAUAAUGGAAAUUGAUAUCUUGGCUAGCUGUGACCAUCCACACAUUGUCCAACUACUGGAUGCCCUCUACUGGGAGGGCAAACUGUGGAUCCUCCUUGAGUUUUGCCCUGGGGGUGCUGUGGAUGCCAUAAUUCUAGAACUGGAGAAAGGGCUGACAGAAGUGCAGAUCCAAGUGGUCUGCAAGCAGAUGUUGCAGGCUCUGGAAUACCUUCAUGGAUCUAGGAUCAUCCAUCGGGACCUCAAGGCUGGGAACAUCCUGCUGUCUUCUGAAGGCUAUGUCAAACUUGCUGAUUUUGGAGUGUCAGCCAAGAAUUCCCGUACUUUGCAGCGAAGAGCUUCCUUCAUCGGGACACCAUACUGGAUGGCACCCGAGGUCAUCCAGUGUGAGACAUCCAAGGAGGCCCCCUAUGACUACAAGGCUGACAUCUGGUCCCUGGGGAUCACGCUGAUAGAGAUGGCAGAAAUGGAGCCCCCCCAUCAUGAGCUGAACCCCAUGCGUGUGUUGCUAAAGAUCCAGAAGUCCCCACCACCCACUCUGCGCUACCCUCAGCAAUGGUCUGAAGAGUUUAAAGACUUCCUGAGAAAAUCUUUGGAAAGGGAUCCUGAGAGCAGAUGGUCUGCCUGUCAGCUCCUGCAGCAUCCUUUUGUGGCAGAGGUGGAAGACAGCAGACCCCUUCGGGAGCUGAUUGCAGAAGCCAAGGCAGAAGUCCUGGAGGAGUUUGAGGAAGAAGAGAUAGCCUCCUUUUCGCCAAGUCAAGAACAUAAGAGGUCCCUGUCCAACGAUGGCAUUCCUCUAGUAGCAGAGAGACCCCCAAAAGAGAAGUUCUCCUUGGAGCAGCCAGACAGAGGAGAUACAGCCAACAAGGGUGACCAGCUCCUCCCUACAAUUCCAGCAGUCAAAGGGAAUGACUUUGAAUCUCAGAACAAAGAGGAGAAUCCAGUGACCCGCCAGGAAAACCACCAAUUUCCCUCCCCUCAUUUUCUCAUAAUCCUAUCAGAACCUAGGCUCAGCAGGCAGAGCUCCAUUGAUCAAAACCAAAGGCUGCUUCGGCCAAAAGCCAGCCGGACUUCCAGUUUGAAGAAGCAGAUGAGACGGAAGUCUGCACCUAUGCUGGUUGCACCCAUUGAUUCUCAAUGUUCCAUGAAGCUUUCUUCCAAGGGCCCUUCAGAUGUCUUGAAGCUGAUGAGACGAAGAUCAUUCUUUGGUGGACUGAAGUCCCAGGACAUUGUUGACCCACUAGCCCAGAGGAUUAAUGAGCUGUCAGCCACUCAAGAUGGAAAAGAUCUUUUGGAUGAGCAGCCCACUUCUCCCACUAAGAGACAGGCCAGACCCGACUCACAGAGCGAUGUUCCUCCCAUUUCCAAGGCACUCUCUCCUGAGCCAGACACUGUGAUAAACCGUGCCACAGAGACUAAUUUCCCAGAAGAGCCACAGGGAUCACAGCUCUUCACAUACUCCCCCACAAGCCUUGCUGAGGGACAAGAAGGACACCUGGCAAGAGAAGAAAUAACUGCUGCCCAGAGUUGGACUUCAAAGAUAGAGAGUCGGGAAGAUACUGAUUCAAGCACCCCAGAGCAAAUUUUUCACCCUGCUGUUACCCACACCUCAACAGGAGACCAACAGCAAGUUAAUAUGGGUCUGGAAGACCCCACAGUGACCAAUUCUACAGAAUUUCUGGAGAAUUCUGAGGAGAAGCAUGAUCCCAAAGGAAGCCUAGAGAAGAUUUCCUUACAUGAGAGACUGCCUGUUGGACCAGACAUGUCGAGUGAUUCCCCACCUGAUAAAGACGGUGAUCAGCUCAGCUCUACUUGCAAGCAACGGGAUGGGGAUGGGCAGCUGGAAGGGACACAAGCUCUGCACCAGAAUGGGAUGUCUGUGUCUAGUCUUCUCACAAAAGAUGAAAAUUCAGGAGCUGAGUGUGUGAUGGAGGCUCUCAAUCUCUGCCAGACCAGGACCAAAUUCGUGAGCAUCAAGGAUCCAGGGGCCGCUGUUCAGACUAAGCUGCCCAAUAAUACUGAAAAGCUAAUGACAGGGGAUUCAGGUCACUACCUAUGCUGCCCUCAAGAGUUCUCCAUCUCAGGAGAUGAACUGGGUUGCGGUGCCCAGAAUCCAAAGGAGCCACUCAGUGCAACACACUCCUCACACCAAAAGGAACAGUGCCCCCCAGAGCCAGAGGCAGAUCUGCUGCUGGGACAAACACAUGAGGAAAAAACUGAGAAUGCCGAGAAGGACGUGUCCCCAGACUCAACAGGGAAAUCAAAGAGCCUCAGAGGACAGGGGGCUUCCUCCUUGGAAGGGGAAAAUCAAGUAGUGACCACACAGUUUGAGAAGACGGACGCACAGGCAAGUUUCUCCAAAGGCGAGAAAGAAAUUUCAGAAACAGAAAGUGAUGUUGUAGUGGCCCCUGUGGAGACCUUUAUAAAUGUCACAGAAGAUGCCCAACCCACUCCCCCUGAGGCACAAACCAGAGACCUAGAGGAAGGUCAUUAUCAGGAGCCGGCUUCAAAGCUGGCUUGCCCAGCAAAGACCCUAGAGAAGUCAACAGGGACAGGAAUCCCUGAGCCCCUGACGGACAGGAAGAAAGUUAAUUUUGCCGAAGGGGGCUUAGAACACAGAGCCAAUGGGGGAUCGUGGAGUGAAGACAGAGUCCAGAAGACUGAGGCAAGCCUUUUGGAGAAAAAGGACUCAAGAAACAUCAGGAACCACGUGGUUGGUGAUGAGAUGCCCUAUGCCAGGCCUUCACCAGUUACAAAUGACACUAGCCAGGACACCCUUUCCUUCAGGAAAACUGUAAAGAAAACACGCAAGUUUGUGGUGGAUGGGAAGGAGGUCAGUGUGACGACUUCUAGGCCUGUGAAGGAUGCUGACCAGAAAGGAGAGAGCAUCCGUUCUGCCCGCCGGAAGGAGCUUCAGGAGCUCCGGCUCCUACAGAAGGAAGAGCAGAGGGCCCAGGCUCAGCUGGACCAGAGACUCCAUCAGCAGAGGGAACAGAUGUUCCGCCACAUCGAGCUGGAAAUGACGGGCAAGAAACAACACUAUGACAGCCAAGUGGAGGCUGUGGAACGCCAUCACCAGCAGAUUACAGAAAGGUUAGAAACAGAGUAUACCCAGAGGCUCCAGGACCAGGCUCGGCGCCUGAAAGCCCAGCAGGAGAAAGACUAUACUCGGAAGCUGCCUGCCCUGAGAGAGAACCAGAAAGAGGAGCAGAGGUUUCUCCAGCAGCAGCAGGAACAGCUGAACCAAGCCCUACAGAAACUGAUCCAGGAGCAUAAGAAAAAAGUGACCUCCAUUGAAUGGGAAUGCACCAGCAAAGUUCAUAGUCUCAAAAGAGCACGAGAGUCUGUGAUCUGGCAGCUGGAACAGUCCCACUUACAAGACAAGUAUCAACUCUUCAAGCAGCAAGUGAAGGAACAGUACUCCCUCCACAGGCAACAGUUGACCAAGCGCCAUGAAAAGGAUAAUGAACGGAUGCAUAGCUUCCACCACCUCCUAUUGGAAGAGCUGAAAAACCAGCAGGCCCAGGAGAGAAACCAGCAAGUAAAGUCUCAACGAAGUGAGGCCAGGAUCCGCCUGGCACAGUUCAAAGAGAGUCUCAAGCUUCAGGACAUAAGUGGUGCUGAGCACAGAGAGCAAAUAAAACAGUUCUUACAGCAAGAGGAAGGACGCCAGAAGGCAGACACAGAGCAACACCAGCAGAAGCACCAAAAACAGUUGCAGGAACUACAGCAGCAGCUGGAGGCCAAUGUGCAGGAGGUGGGGCAGAUGCAGAAUGAAAAACUCCAGCGCCUGGUGGAACAGGAAAAGAAGAAGCUGACAGCCCUGGAUGAUGAACACACCAUGGAGCUACGAGAGUGGCAGGAGAGGCUAGCUGCCCGAAAAGAGAUGCUGGAGGAAGAGCUGUCUAGAGCUCAGCUGCGUUUCCCAGGGCCCCGGAGAGGGAGUGAACCAGCAAGGAGACUUCAGCGGUUAUUCCCUGUGUUCCACUUCCCUACGUGAUAACCUCAGCCAUGGUGAAGAGAGCUAGCCCACACUUUUCAUCUGUGAGAUAGCCCACACCUUUUUUCACCUGUAAGAGCUAGCCCACACCUUCUUUCUUCUGUGAGAGCUAGCCCACACCUUCUUUCUUCUGUGAGAGCUAGCCCACACCUUCUUUCAUCUGUGAGAGCUAGCCCACACCUUUCUUGGGUAUGAGCUUCCUCAAAAAUGGGAAAGAAGCUUAUACACACUAUAUCUUAAAGAAAAGAAAAAGAUCUAUUUGCAAUAAAAUAUUUAACAACAUUUUUUCUAAUAGCAAAAAAAAAAAAAUGAAAAGAAUACAGUCGGGGCAGCUAGGUAGCA